GGGAAUUCAUAGCAGCCAGCACUCACGCUCUGGAAGCAGUGGUGAGAGGUGCGAGGAACCUCUCUCUCUCUGUUUCCUGUCCUGGCACCUGCAGCGGUCGCUUGCCAUUUCCACCUGGUGCCAUCGGUGUCUCAGAUUAAUUUCCUUUCGUAUUCUCUUAUCACUUUUCCCUUCAUCCGCCUCACGCGAUGCUUGCGACCGCCAACGCCCUGCCCGUAAUCACACUCCUAACGAGCGUGACCUAUGGCAGUUACGGGUCACCUGUUCUCUCGUCGGUGGACAUCCUCUUCGACGACCAGUUCCCGUUGCUGCGAAAGCUUCCUCCGCUGUACCGCCAGAGGGACGGACAAGUCAUGGUGCCGAGGGAAGGGAGGUCGUCCUCGGCUCGAGAAGGACCUCAACCCGACAUGCAGAUGCUGAGGAAGGCCAUGGACGCCUGCUGGAGAGUCCUGUGGUACUACCGAGGACACACAGCUCAGAUGAACCUCGAUGCAGUCAUAGGAACCCGAAUCGCUGAAGCGCAGUUCCAGCUGGUCUCAGACGCUCUGCAAGACCAGCUCUCCACAAGGAAAUCCGAGGCUAUGCAAGACACCCUGGCCUCUCUCCUUGACCUUCGUGACCUCGCCUCCCAGGUCAACACCGAGGCUGAACCUGUUGUGAUGACCUCGGAACCGGAAUACUAUGCUCAGCUGGGGAAAAUAUUGGCCAAAGGGUUCUGGGAAGUGCCUCUUGUCACGCGCCAUGUCAACGCCUCCGCUCGGCGAGAUACUCAGGAUCCAGUGUCACGGCGGGUCCUGGACGAGACGGAGCAGCUGCUGGAGUUUCAGUCGGACAAAUGCCUGGCGGAGGAGCUCGGAACGUCCUGUCGGCGCCGAGGGGAGAGCAGACGCAGCGCCGAGGAGUGCGAGCGCUGCAGCAUCACGGAGGAGUGUUGGAGUAGGAUGACCAGGCCAGGUUACUCGGGCUACUCCCUCACUCACCAGGCGUUCUACAUCCUCAUUGGUCUGCAGGCCGGAUGCGGGGAGGCAGUGCACCUCCUGACGAGGCGGACAACGGACGGGGGCAGCGUGCGGGAGCUCCUUGACCGCAUCUGCGCAGACGUCCUAACAGAAGCGGAGGUCAUUGCGCAGGCUAGCUUCCCCCAGUACCGCCGUGACCUCUUCAUGGAACAAGGUGCUCUGUGCGGGAUCGCUGGCUACAGGGACUUCUUCAGGAGGAACUGGCUGGAGGAGGUCCUGUCCUGGCAGCGGGAGCCAGGCUGUUUCGGGGAUUCUGAGGUGUACCCGCAAUGGCACUCCCUGCCGACGCCGUCUCCGGUCCACGCCAGAUAUAAAGUUGCCACUUGUAUUCAUAUACAGACCAGUAAGUAA